ACCAUUGUGGUCUAGUAUAUGUGAUAAAACAGUUCUCUGUCCCACUGUGUUUCAGCUUCUGUGUUCACUCAUGUCUUCUCCUGAUAGUAAACGUCUUCCUCUCCACCUGAUAAAGUCUGUUCAGUGACAAAAACUGUUUUUAGGUAAAAACACUCAUUUUUUACCAAACUCAACAGAACAGAAAUACUGUAUUUCUGUCUUGAUCGCUUGAUGUUUCACUUCCCGUCAACAGAUGGCGAUCAUGUAAAAUUGUCGUUUGCCAACAGUCAUUUCCGACCCAAGAAGAGUGUCGUCAUAUCCGGUCUUAAUGUUUGACUGCCGAGGCGCGAUUAGUUUGAUUACGUCUCGGAGAAGUGAUUCGUUGUGCUUCAUGGGGAACGCUGAAGAAAUAAUCAUUCUGAGCGAUGAUGACGACGACUACCUGGAAAUGUCCUGCACUGAGGCCUCGGUCAUCAUUGUGGAGACGGUGGAGGAGAAGAAGACGAUGAAGGACCACGUCUUGUCCUCGGGUGCUUUAGAAGAAGACCUGGUCGUGACCUAUUCCCGUCGUGCUGAGGUUCUGCCUCACGCACGCUACGACUGUCCUAUACAUCCUUUUACGGCCACGGACUGUGAGGUCGGAGCUCCUGUUGCCGACAACCAGCUCUUCUGUGAUCAGUGCUUCUGUUAUAUCUGUGACAAACUGGUGUCAACGUGCACGGUGUGGACUCACAGCAGUGUGUGUCACUGCAACAGUCACAAACGGAGUGACUUCUGGAACAACCAGAGAAGCUGUACUUUGUUAGGAGGACUGAAGACUUUCAACAUCACACUCUCUGAAAUGGACGCUCAUCUACGACAUGCAGAGUCGAUGCUGCAGAGCUUCAAACAAGAACUUUCAAUGAAGUACUUGGCCUAUCUUAAAGGAACGGUGUUAACGACGCAUUCUCCCGGUUUGGAAAACCAGCCUCUGCUCAACUAUGAUUAUACCAACGUUUACGAGUUUGUCUGGUCAUUCCUGGACCAAGCUGACAAACAGGACGACAGGGCUGCUGCCGUCAUGAGGCUGGGAGCAGCUGAAGAGUUUGUUAAACAUUUUCAAUGUGCACGAUGUUUGGUCAGCCAGUCUCCAAUGGGUUAUGCUAAUGAGGCUAAAGUGGUUCUACUCAGGAGGGUGGUGGCGUCCUUGCAGAGACAGCUGGUGAUGUCCAACUUUGUUCCAGAGUUCUCCCAGAGCUUGAAGAACAGCCUUUGUGUGCGUCUCUGGGAUGACAUCCUGUUAGGGUCCGUGUUAAAGGGACAGAAUGUGACCGGCAUCAGGAAAGACAAAGGCAAGAAGGACGUUCUGAUGGAACAGGGUUCCAUAGUUGGACUGAGGACAGAGCUGCUGCAGAGACAACAACGGUACAGAGAGCUGUGUCGUUACCUGAGAGUCGUCCAGACCGACGACCCAAAACUCUUCCAGCCUCUGCAGAGCCUCCUACCUUUCUUCACGUGCCUGUCUGGAGACUUCACGUUGGCCUGUAACAGUUUUUUCCCCUUGGUGAACCCCCCCGCCGCCCUCUUAACACCAGAGCUCUUCAAUGUUUAUCUGCGUGUGUUUGAAACAGCCACAGCACCACAGCUGCUGGUCGCUCAGCCCUCGGAGCUCUGCUGCACCAAGGCCACGUGGGAGCCGAUCAAAGAUGCUGUUCCUCUGAAGCGAGCUGAGCUGGUGAGGUUUGCUCUCAGGGUCCAGACCUGCUGCCCUGCCGUCUCCGCUGAUUCUUCCUGUUGGAUCCAGUUACUCAGCGUUGUCAACAAACCUUUCUGUUCAACAUCAUCAACCGCUCUGUCGCCUCCAGACCCUCACUUCCUCCUCCAAGCCAAGGAUGUGACCAACUCCAUCCUAACUCAGCAGCCCACAAACAUACAGAUCCCACGCUUCUUUCUGGAGGUGUAUCCAGAUCAGGCCUUGUUACUGCUGGUGACCAGAGCUCUGGCCUUGAAAAUCCUCAGUGCUUCUCUGACUCCAGCUCUACCUGUGCUCAGCUGCUUCAAGGAGAACGUGUGGGCUCUGUGGUGGCUGUGGGACAGUCUGUCCAUCAACAGAGAACGGCUGAACUCUUUCUUGGAGGCGGUCAGCCAGGAGGUCACCAUCACUGCAGAUGGCGGUAACUCAUUAGCCGAACUCCUCACGGUCCUCCCCGCCGUGUCUCCUCCACCAGACCUGGAUCACACGUAUUGCAGCAUAGCGGCUGUUAAUUUCUACAUUGCACAGUUCAACAACCAGUGGCCGUACCAGCUCUCAUCUUGACCAGACGUGGACCUGAAACACUGGAUUCUCUCUGGAUUUUUAUAUUUUAAAACCAGGAAGUUACAAGAGACAGUGACUUGUUAAAAACUUUUUUUUUUAACUUUAUGAAAUCAUGUUACUUCAUACUUUUUUCAGUUAAUAUAUUUUGGCUUAAAACAGAAGGUCAGAAGAGUUGUUCAGGCUGGUACCUGAAAAUGACCGAAGAAAGCCUUUGAGUUCUGUUUUCAAAGUAAAUGUGAACCCAGUGUCAUCAUGGUACCGUUCUGUUGGGUGGGUUCUAGUCCCAUCAGAUGGUGGUUGUUCUGACUG